GCAAACAAGACUAGCCAAGUUGCCAAGCGUAGGGUUCUUUACAAUAAAUCUAAGAGAGCUACAAUGACUUUCGUUAAGGAAGAAGUACCCAAAGCCCAAGCUGCUGGCCAACAUAAAGAAGUGAAUCAUAAGAGUCUCUUACAAAGCGAUGCUCUUUAUCAGUAUAUACUGGAAACCAGUGUUUAUCCAAGAGAGCACGAGUGCUUAAAGGAGCUGCGAGACUUGACGGCAAAACACCCCUGGAACUUGUUGGCUGUGUCUGCUGACGAAGGUCAAUUUCUGAACUUGUUGGUGAAACUCAUGAACGCGAAGAACACCAUUGAAAUUGGUGUCUUCACGGGUUACUCCCUUCUCGCCACAGCCCUUGCCCUCCCAGACGAUGGAAAGAUAUUGGCGUUGGACGUCAACCGGGCAGAUUAUGAGCUGGGCUUGCCUGUGAUUGAAAAAGCUGGUGUCGCUCACAAGAUUGACUUCAGAGAAGGGCCUGCUCUUCCUGUUCUUGACCAGUUGCUCUCAGAUGAAAAGAACAAGGGAGCGUUCGAUUUCAUAUUUGUGGAUGCGGAUAAGAACAAUUACUUGAACUACCACAGGAGGGCCAUUGAGUUGGUGAAGGUUGGGGGACUGAUCGGCUACGACAACACCCUAUGGAACGGCUCUGUUGCGGACCCACCAGAAGUUCCUCAGUUGGAUUACAUCAAGUAUUAUCGUGGAUUUGUGCUGGAACUCAACAAGGCCUUGGCCCUUGACUCUAGGAUCGAGAUUUGUCAGCUUCCUAUUGGUGAUGGCAUUACCCUGUGCCGCCGCAUCAUCUGAUUAUACAACCCUUCAAUUAUUAAUCUGCCCCACCCUACAAUUAUCUUCAUUAGCUAGCUACCCUCGAACAUUAAGCAAAGAAUAAUUAUACGAGGGAAAAUGGUAAAUGUGGUUGCGUGUAUAUUUUUCCUGGUGUGAUUUUACUGUCGUUUAUUUUCAAAUAUCGCAACGCCUCUGAUGUACACUGGUUUGAAAGAUAAGAUAUAACUUGAAGGCGACAU